CUCCUUCCCUCUCCACCCGCUCCCGCCUCCUUUCCUUUCCGCUGCCGAGGCGGCGGGAGCCGAGCCCGAGCGGACCGAACCGCGGCCGCAGCCGGCGGCGGGCGCAGGGGAGGAGGCGGCGGGGCGGGCCGCAGGCGGUCAGUCGGGCGGCGGCGGCGAUGCGGCGGCCCCGCUGAGACCACCAGCUCCGAGCGCCGGGGACCGGCCGCGCGAGGCGGCCCGGGCCGGGCGGCAGCAUGCGGAGCGGCGAGGAGCUGGACGGCUUCGAGGGCGAGGCCUCGAGCACCUCCAUGAUCUCGGGCGCCAGCAGCCCGUACCAGCCCACCACCGAGCCGGUGAGCCAGCGCCGCGGGCUUGCUGGCCUGCGCUGCGACCCCGACUACCUGCGCGGCGCUCUCGGCUGCCUCAAGGUCGCCCAAGUGAUUCUGGCUUUGAUCGCGUUCAUCUGCAUAGAGACCAUCAUGGAAUGCUCCCCGUGUGAAGGCCUCUACUUUUUUGAGUUUGUGAGCUGUAGUGCAUUUGUGGUGACUGGAGUCUUGCUGAUUCUGUUCAGUCUCAACCUUCACAUGAGGAUCCCCCAGAUCAACUGGAACCUGACAGAUUUGGUCAACACUGGACUCAGCACUUUCUUUUUCUUUAUUGCUUCGAUUGUACUGGCUGCUUUAAAUCACAGAGCUGGAGCAGAAAUUGCCGCCGUGAUAUUUGGCUUCUUGGCGACCGCGGUCUAUGCUGUGAACACGUUCCUGGCGGUGCGGAAGUGGAGGGUCAGCGUCCGCCAGCAGAGCGCCAGCGACUACAUCCGAGCCCGCACGGAGUCCAGGGACGCGGACGGCCGCCCCGAGGUCCAGCGCCUGGACACCUGAGGGCCCGCCGGGGCCUCCUCCUCGCGUCCUCAUCUCCGUCCUUUCCAUCGAGUUUUCUUUCCCUCGUCAUGUCAGAUUUUCAUGUGAUUAAGCUGAAUUUUGUCCCUUUUACUAAAAGCUCAUUUUGGGAAAGGGUUUCCCCCCUGCAGAGUGGCCCCGCUAGCAGAUAGGUGAGGUGGAGAACGCCUGUCCCCAGCCGUUCAGACCAAAGUGGGUGGGAGAGACCUGUAGGUUCUCCAGGGUUUGGUGGCCGUGGGAACAGCUGGCCUGCCUGGCUGCCAUGUCCACGUUAGGUCCUCACUGUUCCCGCACUCAGGCUUCCCAUCUGACUGUGAGCCACCCUGUCAUGUGUAUUUGUGACAAGUCAACACGUUGGAUUGGAUGGGGGCUGCUGGGGAUGGGGGUACAGGUUGGAACAGUUCUGUCGGCAGUGGUGCCUGGGCGGCCCCGCGGUGAGCUCCGUCAGCAUUAGCCUCGCUGUCGGGACCCUCCCCUCCUGCUUGUCUUCCAUGCCUGGGGCGUCGAGGCAGCCAGCACAGGCCCCGAAAGCCAGGUGUGUCCUUGAGGGUCCUGGUGACAGGUGUGUUGGGCACGCUCUUGGCUGGGUCUGGACUUUAUCGGGGUGGGCAAAGCUGGUGUCCCUCUGGGACAGCUCCCCAGGACUGCUGACAUGCGGGAGGGGCCCCUUUCAUUUCCCACCCUACUGAGAAAUCACUUGAUGCUUCCUUCCUCCGAUGAAUCACCUCCCCGAGUCCCGGAUUCCCCUCCAGGAACACGGGAACCGUCUUGUUGGUCACUCUCCUGCCGACCCUUAAUACUUUGAAGCUGAAUUGAAGAUUUUCUGUAAUUUCACCUUUUCAGGUAAAAGCCAGGAAAGGAAUUUGAUCCAUUCCACCAGCCAGAACACUUGCCUGUUUGGACCCCAGGUGGGGACACAGCUCUGCCUUAGAGAUGUGGCUAAUUUUCAAAUACCGGAGAAGAGUUCUAAAGUGCUUCUGAGUAGACUUGUCUAGGAUUUGAAAAUACUUGAAUCUGCAGCACGUUCUUUCACUGGCAUUUCAGAAGGCACGCACUGGGGCUGUUUGUGCCCCGGGUCCUUGCUCUGAACACCCAUCCUUGAGGUUGUUGGGAAGCAUUCUCGGUGUGUGAGGUUUCAGACUGAUUCUCGGUAGAGUGAAGAUUAUUGUGGUGAGGGAGUUAGACGAGCCCCUAGGAUGCUGUAUUUUUUUUUUCCUUUUGGAGGCUAACUGUAUCUUUUAUGGAAAGAUUGUUUUAACGUGUCAGGUUUUCACUCUAAACUGUUUUUAAUGUUUACAGACCUCACUCUAGCUCUAAUAUUUUUGCGAUUGGCCCUCACCAAGGAAAAAACAUGUACUGCCGGUGGGAAGGGAGGAUUUUGCAGUAACUUGGAGAAUCCCCAGGAUCUCGUGCUGGUGAGCGAUCACCACGUGGGCGGCAUGCUGUGUGAUAGGAGCGAGAGCGUGAGUGUGUCCGUGGGGGUGUGGAGAGCAGAGCGUGUGUGAGACAGUGUCCGUCUCUGCGUGUGUGGCAUUGCGUUCUUCCUAACAGAACAGCGUCGAGGGUGCGGGGGCGGUAAUCAGGUGACACGGCCAGGCUUGGGCUCUAUGGGAAGUGAUGCUGUGCUGUGUCUGAGUGGGCGGGUUAGGGGCUAGCUCCUGGAACCGAACGUCCAGUACUGUCUGGGUGCUGCGGUACCUCCUUCCCCGGGCAGUGGCCCAGGCUGCGUGGGCAGGCCACUUUGUCUGCUGCGGGGGCCAUGGCUGCUGGUGCAGACCCAGCUGGCACGGUGGCAACUCACCUCCCUUCGGUCCCCCAGAGGGCAGCCAGGGCUGGCCGCAGCUGGACGUGCUGCAAAGCAGGUCUGGCCCAGCCCGCUUUCCUCAUCUGUCAUGAGGCGGUGCGAAUCCUGCCUUGCAGGCUUUGAACCUGUUGUAUGGAGUGAUCUUUGAGAAGAUGCUGACAUCUGGAUUUUGUCUCUUCAUUUUAUAUAUUUAUUUUGCAUUUGUUGAGUGUGUAUGCCUACUCAAAAUCGGGCUUAUCUCCCUCUGCGAGUUCCAUUUAAAGACAGGGUCACCAAGACUCAGCCUUGCAUUAAAUGGGGCCCAUUUGGAAGGACCACCCUGAGCUUUAUCAGACAUCUCCUGCCGGGAAUCGGGAAUCGUGUUACUUGGCCUCAAUAAAAACUGCCUUUGAAGUGAUACUGAAGAAAAGAAUACCAUUCAGGCAGGACAGCCGCCCCGGUUUUCCCAAAUCACCUCAGUAAGGCCGGUUUGCCAUCUGGUGCAAAGGAGCCUCUCAGCCUCCUGAGGAGGUGUCGUCAGCUGCGAGGAACGGUCCUGAAGCCCAUGGGAACCCUGAAUGCCGACAGGUGACAAAAAGUGACUUAGGAGCUAAUUCGCAUCUUAGUGUCAGAAUCUUUGGAAUUAUUUAUGUCCCUGUAACUAUUUAAUAUCCUUUGUGCCGUGAGGCUCUCCUAUGGCUUUAGUAAAUAUAUUUCAUUCUAUUAAUUUGCUCUCACUACAACCGGAAGUAGCCAGCUGGCCCUCUGCCUGGCGCGCCGCACACCUGUCUCGUCGCCCGUGGCAGCGUGGCGGUUAGAAGUUGCGAAGGAGCGUGCUCGUCUCGGGGAAUGUAAAGGCGCCUGCCUUUUUCUGUGUUGCCUCUGUGUGCAAGUAAGACCAUCUAGAUUUGGGGGGAGCUUAGAGAAUCUUUUCCCUGCAAAUUGGAGGAAGAGUAUUUUUGCGUUUCAUAGCUCCAAUAUGGAUCAGCGUCAGGUUGUUUGGGGGCAUUUUCAGGCCGAGGCAGCCUUAGCGUCUCUCAGUUUUCUGGUGGGAUGACAGUGGCUUUCACAGUUCGUGCCGAACUUGGAGAGAGAGAACUACAGUUGCCCUGUGCCUUUGAAUUUGUUCCUGGAGAUGGUGUGGUUGAAACCCUCGUGCGUUCGGUGGCUUCAGACGGACGCAAACACUGGCGUCUGCAGAGAAGUUUUGUCUUGGCGCUGAUUCGGUGGACGUGGUCGUCGUUUCCUCUGGUUCUCCUUUCCCUUCUCUCUGCACGGCUGGAAGGCGUGAAGGGAAACGCCCUCUCCCUCUUGUACACAGAGACUACGGUCAUGAGAGCCUGCAGACACCUGUUGGCACCACAUGUAUCUGGGGAAGGACCAAAGCAUUUACAGAUUGCCGUCUCAGAAGUUUGAUUCACAGUAAAGUAUUUUAUUUUAGAUUUUCCCUCUGCAGCAAUAGUCAUUCAAGAGGGAUUACCUUUGCCUACAUAAAGGCAAGAAUGUGUGGCCCACCCAGUCCCAGUGCUCACCCGUGUCUUCCUUGGCAACUUGAACUGAAGGGCCAGCAUCGGCAGAGCCCAGCGUGGCCACAGGGGAGCCAGCCAGGGCCCGGCCCGGCUCUGAGGGCUUGGCUUGGGGCGACACCCCAGCCCCUUGGGCACCAUCCCCAUCCCCGGCAGGAACGCUCGUGCCGGUGGGAAGGUGUGGAGUGUGUCCGACCUCCACCCUGUGUUGGACCCUUCUGGCGAGAGCUUCGUGACUCACUUGAAAACAUUCCUGCUCUUACAGAGCGCGGCUUCGCUGACUCGUCUUCGGAGGUUUCUCUGUGAUUGACUCGUGUAAAGCCAUAGGUGGUCUCUGAGGAGAGAAGCACUUACCUUCUGUCUGCGCGUGUAUGCGAAUUCUUGUUUGCAGCGAAUAACCUUGAACGACCCCUCCCUCUGUCACGUCCUGUGAAUGGCCCAGCCUCACCUUUUCUUGUGGACACUGGUGCUGUUUGGGAAGAAGCCCCUCACCUCUCCGUGUGUUUAAGAGGUGGAGCAAGUUCUGAUCUCUGGGUGUGCAGGAUUUUCUGCGGGUUGUUCCUAGAACCUGUCCCAGCAGACGAGGAGACUGUGGCGACGCCCUGCGGCCAAGUUAGCGAUUCUGGAAGGCAGUGACGAUUGAUGGGGUUCCCAGGGUGCCGUCCCUGUUCUGAACACAGCAGCCAGGGAGUCGCCACUGCCUGGUUCUCUUUUCCUCCCUGUGUUGUCUAAAGGAAGGCAACGACAUUGAACAGGUAGCAAAAGGCACAGGUACUUUUCGGGUUGCGGGCUGCUGCCGACUGACUCUCUAGAGCAAAAUAAAAAGUUGCUGCCUGCUCCAGGGACUGCCAUUAGCCUGGGAGGUCUCCAGACUCCUUCUCAGUUUCCUAGUGAAGUUUGUAGAACCCAGGGGUUCUCUCUUCCCCAGACCUUGCUUAUUUUAUCAGCACCCACGUUUAGCACCAGCAAGGCGACAGACAGGCUGGGAACAGGGGCAGGUCGGGGUGGCUGCUGAGGGUAACACUAGACUGGUCGCUGACCUGGGAAGUCUUGAAGGAAUGUGCUUGGUUAACCGCCUGUCUGCCCUCCUGUCUUUGGAAAAGUGACACCUUGUUCUGGAAUCGGCUUGAGAAUGAGAGCUGAAUGUAGGGACCAGUGUGCCUUGAGGCUCUUGCCUGUGAGUUUGGGGACUCGCAGGUGUGGACGGGGGACUCAGCUCCCGCCUGGAAGAGGACGCGGACCGAGUACUGCCCGGCAAACUUCCCAGCUCUUCACGAAACCCAGAAGCAAUGGGUUUCAUCUCCUCUCAUGGGACAUUGCUGAAGCUCUAAGAACUGUCCGGUGAGAAGGUAAUUUGAAAUAUUCGACCCUUUACAUUUCUUUCAUUUCGAAACCAUCCCUGAAAGAAAAUGCCCCCAGUAUGCGUUAGAUCUAGAAGUGUCUUCUGCAAGCCCAUGUUCUGUUUGGCCGUUCCUCGCCCCAUCGGUGGCAUUUGUGCCCUCUUGGGCUUGACACGGAGGAGUGGGGCCUGACACGCUUUCCCUUCUUUGGGCUGGACCGUAUUCUCACUCCUUUUGGGUCUGUUCUCUCAGUCUUGGGGAUUUUUUCCCUCAUUUGUCGUAUUCUGUGAGCAGCACAGUAGUAAAGGAGAGCUCCCCACAAGCGCCCUGAGUCUGAACGACUUGGUAGUAGUUUUCCUAGAGUAAAGUUUAGACUACGGAUCCUUGAUUAGUAUGUCUUUUUCAUAGGGUUGUUUCAUUGUCUACAUUUUUUAAUGCCAAGACCUUAAGUCAGACACCCUGGUGUGGCUUGGGAUGUGUUACAGUCAAAGGCUGGGGAGCCUUCAUUAAGGGGUUAAUAGCCUGGGCUCUAGGGAGCUGUCGUGUGAUUCUCGUUCAGAGGAGGAAGUUGUCUCGAAUGACCAAUGCGGACGGGAUUAGGGCGAGGCCCCUAGUUUCUUUUCCUGAUUGUGCCUCCUCGCCCAGAGAAGGUGUGACACGGUUGGUUCCCGUAGGGUUUGUCUGCAAUUCAGUAGUAAUCUGAAACUGUCAAACCCUGGUCCUCUUUGGAGGGCCCAGCUGGAACCCAGGGGAAAAGUCCCUCUUGCCAGGAAAGCCACCCUAGGGCAGGCCGGGAAAUCGGGACUGUGUCGGGCCGGUGCCCGUGCCAGGCAGGGCCAGGUCUGACUGACGGCUGCCUCCCUCCGUGGGGCCUUUGCCAGAAUCGAUUUGCAAGUUUCAAGAUUCUGCUCCCCUCUCUGCAUAAGCGAGGGAGGCAAAUAUGUGGGGCUGGAAGGAAGACCUGGCUGGUCCAAGGCUGGGUGGGGGGAGGCUGGCUCUGUGGCCCGCAUGGCCCCCCAGGGUGGCCCAGGCCCGCAGAGCGGCCACCUGCUUGCAACUCGUUCACCCACUUAAAAAUGAGUCUUCAGAUUCCGCCUCACAAUGCAAUGACACAUGUGGAUAAAGCUAGUGCUUUGCAUAACUUGAUUUUUGUUGCGGUUCCCUCUAGGAGAAUGCUAGGGAUUGAAACUAUUUGUAUAUGUUGAAAUUUGUAAGGGUUCAGGAACCCAUGGGAAAGACACUUAACUAUUUAUUACAGGUACGACUAUGUUCUUCUCCCCCCGAGUAGGUAAUUCUGUCUUUGUAUAUUUCAAGACAACUAUAAUCACUUCACCUUUGGUGCCUUCCGUGUGUCAGUCACAUAAACACUCUUGUUAAUCAUGGAAUUGAAAAAGGAAAAGAUGUACAUUUAAUUAAAUCAGAUAACACUAUUUUUGUAGCAUGAUUUUAGAUUGUGUCCUUUUAAUAUUGCUUUCAGCAGUGCUGGUUUUGAGGUUGGCCAUUUUCCCUUCGGACUUCGUAUGUAUUUUUAAAAAGAAAAUGACAAAAACCGCCCCUGGCUGUCCCUGUGUCCUCUCUGCUGCUCCGCCCCCCCCCCCCCCCCAAUCUUGUUUCCGCUUAUUUAAACAGUCUGAGGGUAAGAGUAUAUUUCUGUGAAAUAAUUCUUAAUCCGUGUAACUGCAUUGGGCAUUUUUAAACCACGUGUUCAGUGUGGGGAGCCACUGACAGUGGCCUCAGACGAGCCACCUCAGAUAGUUCGAGCACAGUGGUUCCAUAGGAGGAGACAAGAACAACACCCUUGGUGCUCUGGCCUCCCUUCUCUGGGUCUAAACCGGGGAAAGGCCUUCAGUCUGGGCCCAGUGAGCCGCAGGGUGUGCUCGGGCCGGGCUGUGCUGCCUGCGUCUGAGGGUCCCCCGCUGGUCCGGGGCUCACCAUCCACUGGGUCUGCUCCGUUCACGGAGCUGGUUAGGCUCCCGGGCCCUUUCUGGUCGUGGGUCUGAACAGAACAAUUCCCCACUGUGAGGAGCUGGGUGAGACCACCACAGGGGGGCGCUCUAGCUGCCCCUUCUUGCUUGCCCACCCCCUCCGGGACACAGGUUCCACCUGGUCAGGAAAAGUCUCGAGGAAACUAGCUGAGCCAUUGCAACAUGAAGGAAUGGAUUGAUUGAAACAUAAAAUUAUAGUUUUUUUGGUCCUUUUGGAAGGGUCAGAGUGUGUAAUUAUUUUCUAACAGAGGAAGUCGAGCCAGGUGGCUGAUAACUCUUAACGGGAUGACUCGUUGGCGCACGCCCCGGGCCACUUUGGGGGGCGAUGUUAAUUUAAGGACCAUCGCACUUUCUUCACAGAAGUCUGAUUCCUCUGACAGUUAGACACAGCUGUGGGGCGUUCUGAAGCGAUGCCCGUUUGGUGAAUUCUGGUUUAUGUCGUUGGCUGCUCAGAGACCCCGCCCUGGCUUCCCGGAGGACCCGGGUUCCCAGGGGCGCGCCCCACGGGCUCCGACCAGCCCUCGGGUUGGAUGCUGCCCUCGUGGGGGGGUUUGGGCCCCAGAGCCUUUGCUUUGGUUGGUGUGUCCCCGACAGCAGGCAGAGCUUCACGUUGCCCUCAGUUUCCCCCUUUGUUUCCUUUGAAGGACCAACUUUUCAUGGUACUUGUCCUGAUUGUUUUCAUAGUGUUCAAAUCUGUAUUUUUGUAUGUAGAGGGAAAAUAAUUUUCUCAACACUAAUCGCUAAUAUUGUAUUAAAUCGUCAUGAAGGAGUUCUUGUUUAAUAAAUGGACAUGUAAAAAUGG